AUGACCCGCGGCGACCAACGUGACCGAGACCGCGCGAAAGCACAGGCGCGCUUGGCCAAGAACAACCCGAAAGGUGGUCGCACCGAUACCCUGACCCCGCAACAGCGUCGGGAGGCGGACGCGAAGGCCCUUGCCGACAAGAUUGCCAAGAAAGCAGCAAAAGAAGGAUGA